AUAACAACUUCCUGUCUGUAAAUGAAAGUGAAAGCGAUUUAAAACUGGAGCCGCCAUUUUGUCAAGAAACGCGAAUAUGAUUCUGGAAAAAUAAAAAGAUAUUUUUAUUGCCGGAGGCUCCAGCAGGAAUCAUCUGUUCUGGAUCGGUACAAAAAUGGAGGAGAGAGGAAAAAGAAGAGCUGCUUAUGAAAUGCGCCCCCCUGUGGGGUGUAAAAGAAACUGCACUGAGAGUGUCCUGAUGAAGAGAGCAGACUCCCCUGUACCCAGCUGUGUUUCCCUGAAGAGUGACUGGUCAAUGGAACACCCGCUCUACUUCAAUAAGGGACAUUUUCCUACAGAUCAAAGUGUCCUGAUGAAGAGAGCAGACUCCCCUGUACCCAGCUGUGUUUCCCUGAAGAGUGACUGGUCAAUGGAACACCCGCUCUACUUCAAUAAGGGACAUUUUCCUACAGAACAAAGUGUCCUGAUGAAGAGAGCAGACUCUCCUGUACCCAGCUGUGUUUCCCUGAAGAGUGACUGGUCAAUGGAACACCCGCUCUACUUCAAUAAGGGACAUUUUCCUACAGAACAAAGUGUCCUGAUGAAGAGAGCAGACUCUCCUGUACCCAGCUGUGUUUCCCUGAAGAGUGACUGGUCAAUGGAACACCCGCUCUACUUCAAUAAGGGACAUUUUCCUACAGAACAAAGUGUCCUGAUGAAGAGAGCAGACUCCCCUGUACCCAGCUGUGUUUCCCUGAAGAGUGACUGGUCAAUGGAACACCCGCUCUACUUCAAUAAGGGACAUUUUCCUACAGAACAAAGUGUCCUGAUGAAGAGAGCAGACUCCCCUGUACCCAGCUGUGUUUCCCUGAAGAGUGACUGGUCAAUGGAACACCCGCUCUACUUCAAUAAGGGACAUUUUCCUACAGAACAAAGUGUCCUGAUGAAGAGAGCAGACUCUCCUGUACCCAGCUGUGUUUCCCUGAAGAGUGACUGGUCAAUGGAACACCCGCUCUACUUCAAUAAGGGACAUUUUCCUACAGAACAAAGUGUCCUGAUGAAGAGAGCAGACUCCCCUGUACCCAGCUGUGUUUCCCUGAAGAGUGACUGGUCAAUGGAACACCCGCUCUACUUCAAUAAGGGACAUUUUCCUACAGAACAAAGUGUCCUGAUGAAGAGAGCAGACUCCCCUGUACCCAGCUGUGUUUCCCUGAAGAGUGACUGGUCAAUGGAACACCCGCUCUACUUCAAUAAGGGACAUUUUCCUACAGAACAAAGUGUCCUGAUGAAGAGAGCAGACUCCCCUGUACACAGCUAUGUUUUCCUGAAGAGUGACUGGUCAAUGGAACACCCGCUCUACUUCAAUAAGGGACAUUUUCCUACAGAACAAAGAGACCAAAUGGAAGAAUGCAGCUCAGAUCUACAUGAUAAAUCGGGUUUAUCAUCCAUACUGAAGUUCCCCAAGGAUGAGCUGAAGAAUUGUGUGAGUUACCUAGAUCAGAAUUACCCAGAAUGCUCUGAGCCUCAGCUGGAGGAGGACAAUGAUCCGAACACACUGUACAUCCUGAGGACCAUGGAGCAAAAUGAUCUCGCUGACGUGCCGGAGAAGAGAGAGUUCAUGCUGCAAUAUCAGCAGGAAAUCAAGCGUAAACUUAAGAAGCAGUUUGAGUGUGUAUUUGAAGGGAAAGCUAUGGGAGGACAGCCAACACUUCUCAGUGAGAUUUACACAGAACUCUACAUAACUGAAGGUGGGACUGGAGGAGUCAAUGAUGAACAUGAAGUGAGACAGAUUGAAACAGCAUCCAAGAAAAGGCGAACAGAAGAUACUACAGUCAAGUGCAAUGAUAUAUUUAAACCCUUAUGUGAGCGUGAGACACCUAUCAGAACUGUACUCACUAAAGGGGUGGCUGGUAUCGGGAAAACAGUCUCUGUACAGAAAUUUAUUCUCGACUGGGCAGAAGGAAAAGCAAACCAGGAUGUUCACUUCAUAUUUGCUCUUCCUUUCCGGAACCUGAAUUUGAUUAAGGAUGAAUACAGUCUGAUUGAACUGCUUCACCGCUUUGUCCCAGAACUGAAAUCAUUUCAAUCCACUGAGCUGUUUAGGUACAAGAUCUUGUUCAUCUUUGAUGGUCUGGAUGAGUGUCGCCUUCCUCUAGAUUUUCAGAACAAUGAGAGCUGGUUUGAUGUAACAAAGAAAACGUCACUGGAUGUGCUGUUGACUAACCUCAUUAAGGGGAAUCUGCUUCCACCCUCUCUACUCUGGAUAACCUCUCGGCCAGCAGCAGCCAAUCAGAUACCUUCUAAGUAUGUCCACCAGGUGACAGAGAUACGAGGGUUUAGCGAUGCCCAGAAGGAGGAGUAUUUCAGGAAGAGAUUUAGUGAUCAGAGCCUGGCCAGCAGGAUUAUCACACAUGUGAAAUCAUCAAGGAGCCUCUUCAUCAUGUGCCACAUACCUGUGUUCUGCUGGAUUUCAGCCACUGUCCUUGAGAGGAUUUUUAGUGAGACUGACAGGGGAGAAAUUCCAAGGACUCUGACUGAAAUGUACACACACUUCCUGAUCUUUCAGACUACAUUAAAAAAUGACAAGUAUAUGAAAAACUAUGAAACCAAACUUAAGGAAUACAGCAAGGAAUUCCUUUUGAAACUUGGUAAACUGGCUUUUGACAACCUUGAGAAAGGCAAUCUCAUAUUUUAUGAGGAAGAUCUGACAAAGAAUGGCAUUGAUGUCACUGAAGCUUCAGUUUACUCUGGAGUGUGUACAGAAGUCUUUAAAGAGGAAUAUGGGCUGUAUCAGGAUACGGUGUACUGCUUUGUGCAUCUGAGCAUCCAGGAGUAUCUCGCUGCUUUAUACGUGUUUCUGUCAAACUCAUCAGCUAAACUGCUGAAGACUGCAUUGGAUCAGGCAUUAAAGAGCAAGAAUGGACACUUGGACCUCUACCUCCGCUUCCUCCUGGGCCUCUCAACAGACUCCAGUAAGACUCUAUUACAAAAACUACUGGGACAGACAGUAACCAGCUCACAUAAUAUUACAGAAACAGCCAAAUACAUCAAGGAGAAAAUACAGAGGAAAUUAUCUCCAGAAAGGACCAUCAACCUGUUCCACUGUUUGUCUGAGCUGGGUGACAAUUCUCUAGUAGAGGAAGUACAAAGAUACCUGAAUUCAGGAAGCCUUUCAGCAGAAGACCUCUCACCUGCACAGUACUCAGCUCUGGCCUUUGUGAUGCUGAUGUCAGAUGAGGAGCUGGAUGUGUUUGAUCCGAAGAAAUUCAUCAGAUCAGAUAAAGAACACUGGAGGCUGCUGCCUGUGGUCAAGAACUCCAGGACGGCUCUGCUGAACAGCUGCGGGCUCACAAAUGAACACUGUGAAAUGCUGACUUCAGCUCUAAGAUCAAACACCUCACCCCUGAGAGAGCUGGACCUGAGUGACAAUGACCUAAAGAAUAAAGGAGUGACACUGCUCUCUACUGGACUGGGGGAUUCACAGUGUAAACUGGGGUUACUGAGGCUGUCGAGCUGUAGAGUCAGAAAAGAAGGCUGUUCUUCCCUGGCUUCAGCUCUGAGGUCAAACCCCUCACACCUGAGAGAGCUGGACCUGAGUGACAAUGACCUGCAUGAUUCAGGAGUGAAGCUGCUCUCUGCUGUACUGGGGGAUUCACACUGUAAACUGGAGAUACUGAGUCUGUCAGGCUGUAGAGUCAAAGAAGAAGGCUGUUCUUCCCUGGCUUCAGCUCUGAGGUCAAACCCCUCACACCUGAGAGAGCUGGAUUUGAGCUACAAUCACCCAGGAGACUCAGGAGUGAAGCUGCUCUCUGCUGUACUGGAGGAUCCCAGCUGUAAACUGGAGAAGCUGAAGAUGAGCCGGUGUGAACUCACUGAGAAAUGCUGUGAGGCGCUGGCUUCAGCUCUCAGAUCAAACUCCUCACCCCUGAGAGAGCUGGACCUGAGUAACAAUGACCUGCCGGAUUCAGGAGUGAAGCUGCUGUCUGUUGGGUUGGGGGAUUCACACUGUAAACUGGAGAUACUGAGGCUGUCAGGCUGUAGAGUCACAGAAGAAGGCUGUUCUUCCCUGGCUUCAGCUCUGAGGCCAAACUCCUCACACCUGAGAGAGCUGGACCUGAGUGACAAUGACCUGCAGGAUUCAGGAGUGAAGCUGCUCUCUGCUGGACUGGGGGAUCCCAGCUGUAAACUGGAGAAGCUGCAGCUGUCAGGCUGUAGAGUCACAGAAGAAGGCUGUUCUUCCCUGGCUUCUGCUCUGAGGUCAAACCCCUCACACCUGAGAGAGCUGGAUCUGAGCUACAAUCACCCAGGGGACUCAGGAGUGAAGCUGCUCUCUGCUGUACUGGAGGAUCCCAGCUGUAAACUGGAGAAGCUGAAGCUGUCAGGCUGUAGAGUCACAGAAGAAGGCUGUUCUUCCCUGGCUUCAGCUCUGAGGUCAAACCCCUCACACCUGAGAGAGCUGGAUCUGAGCUACAAUCACCCAGGAGACUCAGGAGUGAAGCUGCUCUCUGCUGUACUGGAGGAUCCCAGCUGUAAACUGGAGAAGCUGAAGGUGAACCGGUGUGAACUCACAGAGAAAUGCUGUGAGGUACUGAUUUCAGCUUUAAGAUCAAACUCCUCACCCCUGAGAGAGCUGGACUUGAGUGACAAUGACCUGCAGGAUUCAGGAGUGAAGCUGCUCUCUGCUGGACUGGGGGAUUCACACUGUAAACUGGAGAUACUGAGGCUGUCAGGCUGUAGAGUCACAGAAGAAGGCUGUUCUUCCCUGGCUUUAGCUCUGAGGUCAAACCCCUCACACCUGAGAGAGCUGGAUCUGAGCUACAAUCACCCAGGAGACUCAGGAGUGAAGCUGCUCUCUGCUGUACUGGAGGAUCCCAGCUGUAAACUGGAGAAGCUGCAGAUGAGCCGAUGUGAACUCACAGAGAUAUCCUGUAAGGUGCUGGCUUCAGCUCUCAGAUCAAACUCCUCACCCCUGAGAGAACUGGACCUGAGUAACAAUGACCUGCAGGAUUCAGGAGUGAAGCUGCUCUCUGCUGGACUGGGGGAUUCACACUGUAAACUGGGGGUACUGAGGCUGUCAGGCUGUGGAGUCAAGGAGGAAGGCUGUUGUUCCCUGGGUUCUGCUCUGAGGUCAAACCCCUCACACCUGAGAGAACCGUAUCUGAGCUACAGUCACCCAGGAGACUCAGGAGUGAAGCUGCUCUCUGCUGUACUGGAGGAUCCCAGCUGUAAACUGGAGAAGCUGCAGGUGGGCUGGUGUGAACUCACAGAGAAAUCCUGUGAGGCGCUGGCUUCAGCUCUCAGAUCAAACUCCUCACCCCUGAGAGAGCUGGACCUGAGUGACAAUGACCUGCAGGAUUCAGGAAUGAAGCUGCUCUCUGCUGGACUGGAGGAUUCACACUGUAAACUGGAGAUACUGAGGAUGUCAGGCUGUAGAGUAACAGAAGAAGGCUGUUCUUCCCUGGCUUCAGCUCUGAGGUCAAACCCCUCACACCUGAGAGAGCUGGAUCUGAGCUACAAUCACCCAGGAGACUCAGGAGUGAAGCUGCUCUCUGCUGUACUGGAGGAUCCCAGCUGUAAACUGGAGAAGCUGAAGCUGUCGGGCUGUAGAGUCACAGAAGAAGGCUGUUCUUCCCUGGCUUCAGCUCUGAGGUCAAACCCCUCACACCUGAGAGAGCUGGACCUGAGCUACAAUCACCCAGGAGACUCAGGAGUGAAGCUGCUCUCUGCUGUACUGGAGGAUCCCAGCUGUAAACUGGAGAAGCUGAAUGUGGAUCACGGUGGAGAGUGCAGGACCAGACCAGGCGUACAGAGAUACUCCUGCCAGCUGACGCUGGACCCCAACACAGCAAACAGACGCCUGUCUCUGUCAGGGGGGAACAGGAAGGUGACAGAGGGGGCAGAGGAACCAUAUCCUGAUCAUCCAGAGAGAUUUGAGGACUGGAAAGAAGUUCUGUGCAGAGAGAGUCUGACUGGCCGCUGUUACUGGGAGGCUGAGUGGGAUGGAGAUGGAGCCUGGAUAGGAGUGACUUAUAAAGGGAUCGGGAGGAAAGGAUGGAGAGAUUGUCUGCUUGGAUUCAAUGACAAGUCAUGGAGUCUGUGGUGUAAACCUGACAGUUACUCUGUCCGGCACAAUAAUAAAGAGACUCUCAUACCCAUACGGCCCUCAGGCUCCCGCAGAGUAGGAGUGUAUCUGGACUGGGGGGCUGGUGCUCUGUCCUUCUACAGAGUCUCCUCUGAUGGACUGACUUUCCUGUACAGGUUCACCUCCUCAUUCACUGAGUCCCUCUAUCCAGGGUUUUAUGUUGAUAUAAACUCCUCAAUGUCGCUGUGACGUGUUGCUGGUUCUCCUGGCAAAAUGGUAAAAUCUCUGCUUUUUAACCUUUAUAAUCCUUUUUACUCUGAAUGUAUGUUUGACAAAAAGUUUUUCUCUUACUAAAAUGUAAAUAAAUGUAAAUAAAUCCUGAUAAGUGGGGGGGGCUUUCCCCCUCCCCUGUAUAUGUACAUUUUAUAUAUUUAUGCCUAUUUACUGUAUUUCCUCCCUGUACAAUGACAAUAAAGACUUUCUGUUCUAUCCUA